AAUGUCAUAAUAACGUUUGUUUUUAAGUGAUCAGCAAAGCUGGCUUGUUUAUAGUUUAUUUUAAAUAUAUCUCUAAUUCAGGGUAAACUUAAAUAAGAAUGAGCAAAAGAAGUGGUGCUGUUAUGGCUGCAAAUCUUAAUUCAAAGAAACCAAAGCUCUGGUCGCUGGGUUUACUAGAAACUAUGAAAGAUCCCGAAAGUAUUGUGAAAAAAUCAAAACAAGUUGUUGUUAUCAAAGAUAAAUAUCCCAAAGCCAAAAUUCACUACUUAGUGCUGCCUGAAGCUGAUAUUAAUAGUAUUUAUGCGUUAAAUAAGAGUCAUGUAGAACUUUUGGAAGAAUUUGGAGAAAUAUUUGAAGAGAUCGAGAAAGAAGAAAAACUGCCUUUAAAAGCCGGUUUCCACGCUGUUCCCAGCAUGCAAAGGCUACAUAUGCAUAUCAUAAGCACAGAUAUGGUGUCACCUUGUUUAAAAACAAAGUUGCAUUGGAAUAGCUUUACUACUGAAUUUUUUAGACCUUAUGCAGAUGUUUUAGAAGAAUUAAAAGAGAAAGGUUGUAUUACAAAAAUGGCACCAGAACUAGUACAAAGUUGUAAAUCAAGGGAACUUCAGUGCAAUCAAUGUUCUUACAAACCAAAAACUAUGCCACAACUGAAAGAACAUUUACUAACACAUCUAAAAAAGGAAGAGAAUUGAUCAGAAUAUUAAACUACUUAUUUACUAAAUUAUUUUGUAAAAUAAGCAUUACAUGCUACAGAUAAAUCUCAUGUACUUUUGUAUUAAAAAAUAACUAUUUAAUCCAUCAAUAACAUUUACAGGAUAUAUUUUUUUGUCAUGUACAACUUGUCAAUUUAGAUACACCUAUCUACAUGUAUAAAUUAAAGUUCAAGCCACCACAUUACUUUAAAAUGGUGUUCAUACCAAUUUGGUUCAUGGACAUCAUAAUUACACAAAAUAAAAUUGUAUACAAAAAGUCAAGAUAUUGCUACAAAUCAUAGUAUCUUCUCAAGUAAUUACAAAUUACAUACAUAAUUACAUUUCAUAAUACAUGUAAGUGCAAAAUGUUGAAUUAUAAUAAUUUGUUGAAAACAUCUUGAUUCUAUUAAGUUUUAAUUCAUUAUGAUUUAUUAAAAUUCCUAAGAAAAGA